CACUGGCAGGCGGGAUCCCUCCGCUCUGGGGAGAACGGCGCUGGGCGGCUGAGUUGGGGCGAUUGAGAAAAUCCAUCCGCGCCGCCGCCGCCGCCCGCCUCCGCCGCGGAGGAAGACCGGACCUCCCGCGCUUCUCCAGCGACCCUUGGCAGAGUCCCACCGCCACAGGCCUCGGGCCAGCGGCGAGGAGCUGCCGCCCCCAGCCCCCUUCCCGCGGCCCCCAGCCGCCCCCAACCCCGCCCCACGGGCCCGGCGCCAUGAGUGAGCUGGAGCAACUGAGACAGGAGGCUGAGCAGCUCCGGAACCAGAUCCGGGAUGCCCGAAAAGCAUGUGGGGAUUCAACACUGACCCAGAUCACAGCUGGGCUGGACCCAGUGGGGAGAAUCCAGAUGAGGACACGGAGGACCCUCCGUGGGCACCUGGCAAAAAUCUAUGCGAUGCACUGGGGGACAGACUCAAGGCUGCUGGUCAGCGCCUCCCAGGAUGGGAAGCUCAUCAUUUGGGACAGCUAUACCACCAACAAGGUCCAUGCCAUCCCGCUACGUUCCUCCUGGGUUAUGACCUGUGCCUACGCGCCCUCAGGGAACUUUGUAGCCUGUGGGGGGUUGGACAACAUCUGCUCCAUCUACAGCCUCAAGACCCGUGAGGGCAAUGUCAGGGUCAGCCGGGAGCUGCCUGGCCAUACUGGGUACCUGUCCUGCUGCCGCUUCCUGGAUGACAACCAAAUCAUCACCAGCUCUGGGGACACCACCUGUGCCCUGUGGGACAUUGAGACAGGCCAGCAGACUGUGGCUUUCGCUGGACACAGCGGGGAUGUGAUGUCCUUGUCACUGGCCCCCGAUGGCCGCACCUUUGUGUCAGGUGCCUGUGAUGCCUCUAUCAAGCUGUGGGAUGUUCGGGACUCAAUGUGCCGACAGACCUUCAUUGGCCACGAAUCCGACAUCAAUGCCGUGGCUUUCUUCCCCAACGGCUAUGCCUUCACCACUGGCUCUGAUGAUGCCACGUGCCGCCUCUUCGACCUGCGGGCCGACCAGGAGCUCCUCAUGUAUUCCCAUGACAACAUCAUUUGCGGCAUCACCUCUGUUGCCUUCUCUCGCAGUGGCCGGCUGCUGCUUGCCGGCUAUGAUGACUUCAAUUGCAACAUCUGGGAUGCCAUGAAGGGCGACCGUGCAGGUGUCCUCGCCGGCCAUGACAACCGUGUGAGCUGCCUCGGGGUCACUGACGAUGGCAUGGCUGUGGCCACAGGCUCCUGGGACUCCUUCCUCAAGAUCUGGAACUAAAAGCCCCAACCCCCACUGGGCCCGGCCAGGAGGGGCCUUGCCCACGCCCACACUACAGGCCGGGAGCUUUGGGGCUGGGGCACACGAGCCUCCCUCCCCUGGCCAUAGGGCCUUGGGUCCCUGCUCCCCUACCCAGGUUUGGUUCCUCCCGGGGCCCCCACUGUGGAAAUGAAGAUGGGAAUAGAAUGGGGGAAGAGGGGCAGAAAGCCCCCCUUCUUUAGCUGCCCUGGGGUCAGGGCCUCAUCCCCCUGGAGGGUCAGAGGCAGGCGGUAGAAACUCCAGGGGCUGGCUUUUUUAAAACUGGUUUUAUUUUAAUUUUUAUUAUAUUUUCAGUUUUUCCAUAAAGGAACCAAUUCCAACUAUG